AUGAACAGGAUUUUGGCCCGUGGUCUCGUUGGUCAGCGUGCAGUCAGUAUUGCGGACGAGGAGGAAUGCGGUAUCGUAUUCGUUCGUGUGUUCGUGAUGGCGACUGCCGAGGACAGACGCUUGAAAUGUCAACUUGUUAUAAAACCAAGUGCUAUGGAUGGCUCCCUUCAGCACACAUGCUCUGAAAUGUGCGUCAAGUCAAUGAUUAAUGACAGCGUACCAACUGAGGGGACCCCUGUCGGGUUGUCGUUUAGUGCUUGCGAUGAUAAAACACACAGAUUUCAAAAGACCAGUGGAAUGGCUUAUGGGAAGGCAAUCAAGUACAGCCCUGGUGGAUUGUGCCUGCAGUCUGUCAGUGGUAAUAUUCCAGCGAAAGGAGACGUGGUAGCAUUAGGCAGGAAAUGUGUCGAGGGAUCUGACGCUUUUAAACGAGUUUACACAUUUCCAAAUCCAGACUGCAGUUAUGGUUUACAGACCGGUUUACUGAGUGACUCUCAACUUUACAGCAGCUCUGCAUUAGGCGAGAGUUAUACGGCAUCCUACGGAAGGCUUCGAAACAGAACAAGUGCUUGGUGUCCAAAUGGCGAUGAUGCCGACCCAUAUUUUCAAGUAGACUUGGGUUACACUGACGAAAUAAAAGGCGUGGCCAUUCAGGGUCAGGAGACUAAAUAUUGGCUCGUGCGUAAAUUUACUCUGAGUUUCAGCGUGGAUGGUACCACGUGGUUUAACUACACCGAAAACGGACUGGGAACUAAGGUAUUCAGUGGGUCCUCUCACCCAUUGCUUGUAAAGCCCAAUACAAUAGCACCCUCUGUGACAGCUCGAUCUGUACAAAUCAACCCAGUUCAGUGGUACGGUAAGCCCUGUCUUAGAGUGGAGCUGUACAGAUGUUCACUUCGAAAUG